AUGUCGUGCUUGGGACGAAUGAACUGUACAAUUGGAAUACCGUCAGUAGCAGCAGUGACCGUGAUGGCAGUGAAACGACCACUACCUGAUCCAUCCGAUUAUUACUUUAACCCGUACGCGUUCUCAUCCCGCGCUGAUCUCCCACAGCAUUCAGGUCGUAACAAACUGUUGGAGUAUUGGGAAAAGAAUGUGAUUUUGGCAAUCAAGACCUAUGUAUCAGGAUCUUUGAAAAGCUACGAAAUGGACUACUUCUUUGCUCAGCUACGAGAGCCAUUACGAAAAAGCAACGCGGCGGCAGCACUUAAGAUUGCCUGUACACUAUGUGACGGGCAUGUACCUUCGGGUUGCCACUACCCGGAUCCGGACACGGAUUGGUCUGCAUUGCAAAUCGAUGAUAUUGAAGUUAGUCGUCGCUACUUGAUUGCUUCAGAUAAUGUAGAUGUUGCAGACUGGCCACAAAAUAUGGUUUGGACUUUGCGUCGCUCGGGGGCAGUUCGACUGGUCAAUCCGUCGGGCAUGGUUUUGCUUCAAGUGGCAAACCCUGUGACAGCAGCGUCUGAGUACUGGUGGUACCAGAUUGAUAAUCUGCGCUCAAUAUCGUCGGUAGCUUCUACUUCCGAGCAAUCAGUCAUUGGCUUCGAGGGCAGCAGAUUGCGACUGAAGGCGGUAAACCAGCAACUUACUUACACUAUAGCUCUAGAGAGCGUUUUUGACCUUCUUCAAGUUGCCCCUGAUCAUGCUAUGAGAAUAUCAAUCGAGACCAAGAAAAGAAGUCUAGCAAGGACGAGCUCUUCGCCUUUUUCAAUGCCGUCGUCAGCAUCAAUGUCGCAUAUGCCAACGUCUGCAGUACAGCUCGUUCCACCGCUGGCCAGAGAUUUGGAGAUUUGCUAUGGUCUAGCAGAUCUACUCAGACUAGCUGCAGCUGCUAGUCUUGGCCUCCUCUACUUCACCAUCGAUGGGUAUAUCAGCUUGCUGCAACCUACGCAACCAAAACUGCAACAACCCGAGGUAGUAUCAGCAUGCUCGAUGCGGAAGCAUCGGUUUUUGCUGAUCGAGGCACUACUGAAUGAGGUCAAGUCUAGUCUCACUUUGUCAAGCUCCUUCUUGCGGAGUCGAUCGUUUACGGUGACGAGCGAUAGUCCUCCACAGACAUUAGCUCUUGUACACGUUCCCGACGCGACGUGCAUUGUGUUGUCUUUUGCUGUGCAUCCAGUUCUUAUGGAUCUCCCUGCAGGCAGCUGUCUGGAGUUUUUUCGUGAUGAGCGGUGUACUGAUCGCUUGUUUGGAUAUUUUGGAGACAAGAAUGGACUUCAUUAUCUUCCACCACUAGUUAUUCCAGGUGAUCGAUGCUACGAUCGAAUGUCACAGGGCACGUAUGCUCGAUACAAGUUUCUAGUGGACGCGUUUUCAGCUGACUUCGGGCUGGCGCUCUGGUUGUGUGAAGAAAUUUACCAGAAGUUGUUAUAUGUUCACCUUUCUCACUACGAGGUGGAAACGGUGCUCACUACAGCCCUGGACGCGUUGGCAGACUACCUUGUUCUCACUUGUGACUGCAUGCCGUUUAAUGGCAAGAGUGCCAUUCACCAAAUCACGGGGAAACUGAUUAAUUUUGCGAUGAGCAAGGGCGUCAUGCACUCUGUGCCGAUUUCAAAACUGUCGGGGCUUGCGAAAGAGCUAAUUUGUCGUUUCUCGGUUUUAGUGCAUUUGGCUUUGGAGGAAUGCGGUGAAGCGGAUGAUCAAAACGUGUAUUCUGCGGCUGCGGUUACUCGGUGUGGUAUCAUUUCCAAUGUUCUCUACUUGCCAGUGGAUAAUGAGGGACAAACAAAGGGCUAUGCCUUUAUUGAUAUUGGUCGCGCUGAUGUCAUCGCCAACCUGCUUGCUCGAAUUUCUGAAGAUGCGUUUGAGUUUGAUGGCGGGACUCCUUCAGAGGAAAAAUCAAAACUGCUUGCUGAUAUCGAAGCGUUGUGUCCAAGCCAUGUAAGUGUCACGAAUGCACGAGAAUAUUCACUGCUUUCGUCGCUGGAAACGCGUGACCUCCGGCUUCGGUUUGCUGUGCUCCAGUCACUUAAUAAGUUGCUGAUCUCAACACUGCCACUCGUCAACCUUCGUCCGUGGACUGACCCAAGUUCACUACGUAGCCGUAUCGUAUCGAUACGCCAACUAAUUUUUCCUGGCGUAAAGAUUCGCUUUUUCGCACAGACGCAAGAUAAUACAGCUAUAGCGCACUCGGCUUUUGUGGACGCAACUGCAAAGCGGCCAGUGGUGACAAUUGACCGACGAAAAAUUGUCAGCAAGCGUAGAAGUACUAACUCUAGCUCUGACGAAGCAGCAGCUCUGGUGACGGCUCUGCACGACCCGAAACGCUCGCUUUUUGCCUCAACAAUGAAUCAGUUGAGCACUAUUUCGCCGUCUUUGUUGCGCGCCAAGCGACCCACGGGUGCAAGUGAUCCAUUUGUAUCAUUCGUCGUCAUAUUUGCAAGCGAAAAUGUGGUGGGUGAGGGAGUCCCUUACCGCCAGCUCUUUAACAAUAUUUCAAAUGAGCUGUUAGCCGACGGCAACCCACUAUUCAUUCCCACACAGAACAACGUGAUGAAGACGGGAGGAUACCGCGAGCGCUUCAUGCCUAAACCAAGCAGCACGUCCAGGGGUUGCUGCAAAUGUUUGAGUUUGUCGGAAUUUCUUGAGGACUUAGCUGCUUCCGAUAUUGGCGACUCCAGUGAGGCACUAUACGACUCUUUUACCACAACUCUCAGCGAUGGUACUGUUGUUGAGCUCAAGAGUGGGGGGCGGCAUAUUCCGGUGCAGAAGACGAAUAUAAUGGAAUAUAUUGGACUCGUCAAAGCAACUCGCUUACAGGAAUGCAAGCCCCAGGUCGAUGCCAUGUUACGCGGCUUUGGCAAGAUUGUACCUGUCCAGUUGUUACAACUAUGCGUUUGGUCGGAAUUGCAGCAAUGGGCGAGCGGCAGCCUUGAAAUUGACAUCGAGCUGUUGAAGCGCCAUACGCGAUAUACGUCUGGAAUGAGCCCAGAAAAUUUCCCCCAUAUGGAGAUGUUUUGGAAAGUGCUUGCGGGCUUCAGCGAGGAAAAUAAGCGCCGUAUUACUCGCCUGGGGCCAAGAUACCCUUCCCGUUGA